AUGACAUCAAAGGAUAAUGCAAGCAAGCCAGUUGCAUCCACUUCCCCUCCCGAACAAUACCAGCACAUCAAUCGACAACUUGGAGUUCUUCAACUCGUUACGCUUGGUCUUCGGCAAGCACUCGACAAGCUGCUAAACAGGAACGCGGCUGAGGAGUUCAGGACAGUGUGUGUGCCCGGAGCAUACGUCAAGUCUUUGCGUAAGGACGCACUCCAAGCUCUCGAAGCCGAGAACGUCAGUUCGUCUGGCCUUCAUGGGUCAGAGAAGGAUCAUAAGUCUCAGUUGACUCCAGCCACGUUUCUGAGUGAUGGUGAUAUUCUUUGUUCAUGGUGGACACGCAAGAUUGUUAGCUCACGCAUCCGCAAUUCCACCAAGAGCCGCAAAACCAUCGCUAUACUAAACAUGAUGGGUCUGCGCGGUGUUUUGGCACAAGCAGGGCGAUUGCCCGAGAAAGGAGCACUGGUUGGUAACGCAAUCUUGCCUAUUCCUGCCCUACUCUCCGCGCGAGAUCUUAUCAAGCAAGGUCCACUGGGCUUUGGCCGUGUUGCAAAGGCAUUGAGGGAGGCUAUCGCGCAACUUAGCACGAGGCCGCAGGUUGAAGCUCUCUUGGCAUUACAACGGCGUGCGCAUGGAGAUGAGGUUGACGAGAACGCCAACAAGAAGAAGAUUACGGGCAACGGCAAAGCUGGACUGCCUGCUCUCUUCGGCGACGCGGGCAUGCACAUGGUUGUGUGUACUAACUGGGCCAAAGCCGAGUUCUUCAACGUUGACUUCUCCGCUGCGGUGGUUGACGAGAUUGGUUGUGAUGGGCUCUUCGAAAACGAGCGUACUCGUCUAUCGGAGGUUUCAUUCAAGGAUGCUGGCGCUGGCAGUGGCACUGUAAUGAAGGACGCCAUGGGCUGUGAUGGACUCUGGGAGACUGAGCAUGCGUUACGUUCGUCUCUCGCUCCUCACACGGAUGCUCCUGUUGCUCCUCGGGUGUUGGCAAAACCGACUGGCGUUCACAUGCACUUGAUUACCGCAGGUACUCCUGCAUUUCUGAUGAGUAUCUUUACCAUCUUGGGCCGCGAUGCCAACGGAGACUACUGGAUCCAGGGAAUGCUGAGGAAAAAGUACUGGGCUAAAAUCGAGACCGCCUUGAGCAAGAAGUAA